AUUCUAGUUUCAUUGAUUUUUUUGUCCGCUUCGGAAUAGAGCAGCGGGCGCUGAUUGUGUUUGUUUAUUAUCAAUUCAAUUAAUUAAAUGUGUGUAUUGUUAGUCAGACAGUAACCCGCUAUUAAUCGUUACAAUUUACAUAUAUAUACGAACAGAGCAAAGAUCGUCUCUUCAUAAUUAUUGAUUAAUGUUAUUAGUGCUGAAAAUGGUCAGAGGCAAAUCAAAUAACGUGAAUGCGGCUGACGCCUUGCAUCAAGGAGUUUAUAAGGCUUUGCGUACAUUGGUUCAUUUAACGGCGGCUGUGCAAUUUUCCUAUGCUGUUUACUACGACUAUACUUAUGUAAAGCUUCCUGAAACAGAGGCGAAUAGGAAUAGUGGCUUUGGAGGAAAAUUUAAAUACUUAACAUUUCUGGAUGCGAUUAUUCAAUCACUCUACUACAUUAUUUCCCUUAUAAAUGACUUUGUGGGAACAAAUGAAGUUGCGCCGAAACGUAUACCAACCAUCCGCAAGGUCAAGGAUUACCUGAUGUCAGCUUUGGCUUUUCCAGUGGCUUUGAAUGUAGGCAUAACAUUCUGGACUUUAUAUGCUAUAGACCGUGAGCUGGUAUUCCCACGGGUAUUGGAUGCAGUGUUUCCAAGUUGGCUGAAUCACGUUGUGCACACUAAUAUUGUGGUCUUCAUUAUUCUGGAGCUUUUCACAUCAUUCCGUGCCUAUCCCAAGCGAAGCCAAGGUAUUACAGGUCUCGCCGCGUUUAUGCUCAGCUACCUAGUUUGGAUUCAUGUGGUUAAGCACUACUCAGGUGUUUGGGUAUAUCCCGUGCUUGAGGUAUUGCAAUUGCCACAGCGUGUUGUCUUUUUUGUGGCUGUACUGGCUUUUACGUUAUGUUUGUACCUGCUUGGUGAAUUCAUGAACAACAUUGUUUGGGCCAAAGAACUGAAGUUGGCGCAACGCAAAAUCAAAUAAACAACUUUAAUUCUCAGUUUAUUAAAUAUUGCAUUCAGAAAAGGUGAUUUAAAUAUUGUUGAUAUUCAGGAGAGGGAGAAAACCAAUUAGCAAAUUAGAAAACAAAGAGAAGUUUCUUACGAUAUUUUAAAUCAAAAGCUUUGCAUGAAUUUCUACAAUGUAUUUAAUAUAUCGUAUGUAGCUCGAUUAAAGCCAAAACAAUGCGAAAAUCUAACCAAAUAAAAACUUUGUGUAGUCAAUUCCUAUAAAAACUAAAA